ACACACACACACACAUUGUGAGGUGUUCCUGUUCCUGAGGGUCUGUAGAUCCACUCAGUGAGGCAGUGAAGCUGAUGAGGAGAGAAGGGAGCUGCUGAAGAGGUUUAGACUGGGUCUGAGGAGGUGCAGAAGGAGGAGAAGAAGGGUACACAGAAGAGGGUAGAAAACAGGAGGUGAGAGAAGAGAGAAGGUGGAGGAGAAGAGGCAAACUGGAGGAGGGAGAGAAGAAGAGGAGUUAAGCAGGAGCACGGAGAGAAUAGCAAUGUGACUGUGAAGGAGGUGAUUGAAAAGAGGAGAAGUGUUCACAGACUUCUGUGACUCUGGGAGGAAGAACAGGAGAAGAAGAAGAGGAAGAGGAGCAGCAGAUGACUGCAGAGAGAGUUAAUAAACACUUGAACUGUGUUUGAGGAGCAGAUCUGAUCUUUGAUGAUGGGCUGCUGUCUGUUUGUUUAUUAUCGGAAGAAGAGGAAGCAGACAAGCAGGGAUGCUGACUCUCUCAGUCUCUGCAGUCUGGACAUCAAUGAGCCCAGCACCAAACGCAGUAAACUUGUAUCCAGGGUGACGUCUCUGGCCAGCCUGCUGCCUCCCGUCAAGACUGCGCCGCUGAAAAGGAUUGGACAAACUCUGCAGCGCUCCAUCAGUUUUCGUAAUGUGAGUCAGAUGGAGAGAGCCGCCCAUCCUCCUCUCUCCUCCUCGACAAUGAAGACACGUGUUAUCUCAGCGACGGUUUCCAACCCUUCCUCCUCCUCAUCUGUGACUGCGACACGGGUUUCUACGGCAACAGCCCCAGCUGCCAAGCGCCGUGACAGCAAGCUCUGGAGCGAGACGUUUGACGUCCGACUGGGAGCAACGCAACCUCUGAGCCCAAAAGAGAUAAAACGACAAGAGGCUAUAUUUGAGUUGGCUCAGGGUGAGCAGGACUUGGUGGAGGAUCUGAAGUUGGCUAAGAAGGCCUACCAUGAUCCAAUGCUGAAGCUGUCAAUCAUGACUGAACAGGAGCUGAACCAGAUCUUUGGUACUCUGGACUCACUGAUACCUCUGCAUGAAGAUCUACUGAGCCACCUCCGAGAUGCCAGAAAACCUGACGGGUCCACAGAACAUGUGGGACACAUUCUGGCUGACUGGCUGCCCUGUCUCUCUUCCUACACUCCAUACUGCAGUAACCAGGUGAAGGCCAAGGCCUUGUUGGACCAGAAGAAGCAGGAUCGACGGGUCCAGGACUUCCUGCAGCGCUGUCGUCAGUCACCUUUUAGCAGAAAGUUGGACCUGUGGAACUUUCUGGACAUCCCCCGCAGCCGACUGGUGAAAUACCCACUGUUGCUCAGGGAGAUCCUGAAGCACACGCCCAAUGACCAUCCGGACCGGCAGCACCUGGAUGAGGCGAUGCUCAUGGUUCAGAGUGUGGUGGCAGACAUCAACAGGCGGACGGGGGAGUCUGAGUGUCAGUACUACAAGGACCGUCUGUUGUACUCGGAGGACGGGCAGAGGGACGAACUCAUUGACCGGUCCAAAACUCUCAGCUGCCAUGGAGAACUGAAGAACAACAGAGGACUCAAGCUCCACGUGUUUCUCUUCCAGGACGUCCUGGUUAUCACCAGGUCCAUCUCUCUCAAUGACCAGCCAGUCAGUUAUCAGCUCUGCCGCCAGCCAAUCCCCAUCCGGCAGCUGGACUUGGAGGACCUAUUAGACGGAGAGAUGAGAGUGGGCGGGUCCAUCAGAGGAGCCUUCAGUAACAACGAGCGGACAAAGAACUUCUUCCGGGUUUCGCACCGUGCUGGAGGUCAGCUGCAGAGCCACUGCUUCCAGGCCAGUGACGCCUUCAACAAACAGCAAUGGAUCAACUGCAUCAGACAAGCCAAGGAAGCCGCAGCACUGACAGGAGACCAGCCACCAGAGAUGGGACAAUGUCUGGAGACGGGGCUGGGUGGACAGAUAGGGUCGCUUAGUGAAACGGUUUGUCUGACUUUGUGCCGUGAUUCAGGGCUUGAGGAUGAAAAAGUGAUGUGGGGGGAGAUGGAAACAGGGCUGUGUUUGGAAGGAGACGGAGGUGUGAGCAGAGAGAAAGAUGUCGGCUUGGGUAAAGAGGCGGCUAGGGUGAUGGAGACAGGUUUGGGUGUGGACGAUGGGAUGGGAUUAGAUGGAGAAACAGGGUUGGACGGUGAGACAAAGCAGACGAUUAGUGAGACAGAGACAGGUGUGGAGAUGCAGACAGGGCAGGGUGUAUGUGGGGAGAUGGAGGCAGAACCUGGAGCCAUAGAUGGAGGAGGAGAUAAAGAGACUCUCAGCGGAGGUGAUAAUGACAUUCCCACCUCCCGUAUGUCCUCUGCUCAAGAGGAGGAGGAGAGGGAGGUGAUGGAGGAGGAGCAUACAGGAGCUGAGGAGAGGGAAGAGGUUGGUAUGGACACCGGUGAGGUUGACUCACUCCAGUACGAGGAGCUGACCCACAGGUGCUGAUGACAGGACCCAGCACAAAAAGGAUGAUUGUCAUCAGACAUUAACCAUGCUCAGAGAUGGUGCCAUGCUCCUUUGAGGCACAUACCGCAGCAACGUUUUUCACGGUUCCUCAGGCAACUUCCCACACAUGGACAGCGCAAAUUUACUGAUACGGCUCUUAAUUUUUAUCUGACUAAGUAGCUCAAAUUCUGAUACAACAAAGAGGACUGUUUGUGAUGCUCAGAAGAAAAUGUAUUUGGUUUUUAUUGCCUUUUGAAAUAGUAUUUUUGGGCCAGUGUCAUGACCUGCAGUUCCAACUGUGACCACUAUGCCAAAAAUUGCCUCACAGCCCAACUCUGGUCCUGUGGCUUUUUUGUCAGGUUACUAUGGCUACCGCAGUACCACCACAUUACUAUGGUAACACCGUUCACCAUGCAAGAGUAAAAGUAUUUUCCCAGCUUGUUUGAUCCCAGCUUAUUUCUUCAUAACAUUAGCAUUAUAUUUUGCACAUGACCUGCCUUUAGACAAGCCGGUUUGCUGCCAAACGUCUUAAUGAAUUCAAAACUGUCAGCUGUUUGUGCUGUUAAAGUGAUCCUGUGGAGUAGAGUGACCAGCGCUAGGCUAUGAGCAGGUUGUUUGUAUCUCGUGCUCAAGGAUGUACAUUGAGAAAAACAGUGUAUUUUAAUGAUAAACCCUGAAUGUAAAAAUCAACUUCCACAGGGCGUCCUUUAAAAAGCACUGUUUGUUUUAAUUUGUUGUGUGGAGAAGAGACAUAAUUUAUGAACUUCUGCUAUUUGCUGGAACAGUCAGAUUUUCAGGAAACCUCUGCCACAGUUCUGUAGUAAACAAAGUCAGCAGCUUUCUCAGGUAAUACACACAAAGGGUAUGAGGUGAAAUUUAAUAAAUCAGCUUUUUGCAUUUAACACUACACAUUAAUGAUAAUGAAUCAUUCUUGCAGCUGUAACUGCCACUGAGCACUAAUGCAAUAUUGAAAAAUAUAAAACUGAGCGUGGUAUUCUCACAUUGUGAGUAUUGGUCACUUACCUAAAGAGAUAAUGCAGACUCUGGCAAGAACUAUGCAAGUUGGAGUCAAAACCACAGCCCUUUCAAAACCAGUCACACCGUAAUCAUCUCAAAUUCUUUCAGAUCAAAGAUUUCUUUGUUCUCUUGACUUAACUGGAAAUCAGUUGUAAUGUCUAAAAAACACUGGAAAAAACAAAGCUAUGCCCCCAGUUUUAGGAGGAAAAAAUGCAAUCUGGACUAGAAUGUAAUUGUUCUAUUUGCCUCUGACAUUGCAGAAGGUAGAGAUAAACCUAAAAAGUCUAGGUUGGCUUGUUCAUCAUAAAUAGACAAGGCUUUAAAUAAAAGAGUGGCAGAAGAUGUGAGGAAAACGCAGAGGCUGAUGAGCCUUUAAAGUGGAGUGAGAUGAGAUCAUGGUGGUGCAUUGUGUAGGCCAAACCAUGAUUUUUCUGUAAAACAGCUUUAAUUGUCAGUUGCCUCAAACUAACAUGAAUCGAUAUUUGUUUUUGCUUUUUAGUCUCUUUUUGCUCCUUGUUUUGGUUUUAUUGCACAUUUACUGAUGACUGUGAUUUAAUAUCAGUGUUUUCAGCAGCAGGAGGCAGCUGUUUUCAGCUAAACGGGCACUAAUAAACUGACUGUAGACCAACUGCUCAGCACCAAACUACAGACAGACAAAGUUAGAGACAAGCUGAUAAAGAAAGGGGCAUGCCUAAAAGCUAAACCCUUUUUUCAGGAAUUGGUGGGAGGCAAAAACAGAACCUAAAUGGAGAGUGAAUAUUGGACACAUUGUCAUUUACACACUGCUAACAUGCUAGUGAUAUGAAGUGGUAGCUGUUUACUUGUUUGAUGUUUCUCUAUCUAGUUGCCAAAACCUGAUUGAAACAGUGUUUACAAUAGUUAUCAUUUACACAGGAAUAUUGAAACUGAAAAAUGUUGUCAGUGUGUGAAAAAUGUUUAAGUUCACCAUGUGGUUUGAUUUUUCCUUCAAAAGAUAAUUUUCUAAUCCCAGAAUAGUUUUUCAUGAAUAGGAAACAUGGUUACCGAUCAAGUAUUGGCAUUUUAGCCUGUAGUGUUGUUCAGUGUUUUAUUGUGGCAGUCAGAGAAGUCCUGAAGGAGCCUGUUGUGUAUGUACUGUAUGUAUGUAAAGAAUGUAUAUUAAGUCUAUCUGUAUAUGAAUGUAGGAACAAAGCCAAGCGUGAAAUAUGACUUGUGUCAAGACAAUCAGUUUGAUGUUAUAAAUGACAAUUUUCAGGAUAGUUUUGAUGCUGACAUUGCUAAUGAUUAUGAUUAUGAUGGAUUAAGGCUACCACAGACAGUUUCCUGUUUAUAAGACAUAGAUAAUGUCUCAAAUAAAACUUGUGCAUUGUGUUUGCUGUCCUUAUUCUGUUCAGUAAAACUAAAAAGGUGAUUUUUAGUUGAGGUAUCAACUAAUGUGUGGAUUGUCACAGCACCAAAGCACCAAUAAAAUGUGAUA